AGAAUUUGGUAUAUAUACACGUCUUAUACACUCUUUUUGCAUCUUCUUAAUUCCCUUCCUCUUUCUUUUCCACAAAAUUUUUUUUCUCUCUCUCUAAAAAGCCCCCAAGAAAGGGGCCCAAAAAACCUCAAAAGCUAUGAGCAGUAAAAGAAAACUCAGGGACAUUAUUGGUAUUUUGAAAGACAAAGCUUCCCUUAUCAAAGCCAAUUUAUCAACAAAACGUAGCAUUUCAUCGAUUCAAGUUACGGUUAUACGCGCCACCACACACGCCUCCGCAUCUCCGCCAAGGAACCACCGCAUCUCCGCCAUCAUAUCAGCCGGGGACCACUCUCUCCCCGCCAUAUACGCGUGCAUCAACGCGAUCAUGGACCGCCUUCAUAGCACUAACAAUCCGUACGUUGCCCUAAAAUGUCUAUUCAUUUUUCAUAACAUUAUGGCUAAAGGUUCAUUAUUAUACAAAGACCAUGCAUCAUUUUCCCCUUCUUCUGGUGGUCAUAAUUCGUUAAAUCUUUCGGGAUUUUACGAUAAAUCUGACGUCGAAACGCGACAACUUUCAUCAUGGGUACGAUGGUACGCUAAUGUCCUUGAACGUAACAUGAUAACGUCUAGGACAUUAGGCUCCUAUAUUUCUCCAUCGUCAAGAUUAUCGAUAAAUUUCGAUAAAAUAGCAAGUCAUAAGGAAAACAAUACUGGAUUUUCAAAUUCUGUAACAGAAUUGGAAUCAUUGGUGUGCAUGGUGGAAGGUAUUUGCGACGCACCAGAGUCACAAUAUUGUCAAAAAAUUGACCUAGUGCAUGAAAUUAUGAUAUUAGUAGCGGAAGAUUAUCGAUCGACGCAGUACCAUAUACUGAUACGACUCGUUGAGUUAACGGGCAGAGUUUCAAGAUUGAGUUACCUUGAUUUAUCUGAAUUGAUUUUGUGUUUGACAAGGCUUGAGGGAUGUAGGAAAAAGUUGAAUGAAUUGUUCAUAAGAAGAAAAAACGAUUUGUUUUGGGAAAUGGUGAGUCAAAAGAAAAUGGAAAUGGAGAAGGUGAAACAUGAAAGGGAAAGGCAAAGUUUUUUACUAUGGAAUGUUGAUGAAAAUUCUGCUGAGUUAACUUGGUCAUCACAAAGUUUUGGAAAAAAUCAACUUUUGGUUGCUGCUGUAUAGAAGUCAAUGGGUGCAGGUGAUUUUUUUGGGCUUUAGCUUUUGUCUAGAGGCCUGGGCUUGGCUUGGCUGUAAUCACUGUGGGCCAGAAGUUUAAUUUUGACCAUUUGCAAUUGGAAAUCUAUUGCAGUUUUUGCGUUUGAAAUAGUUAUGUAUAUGGUUUUCAUAUGUGAAAAAGGCUCAUUUUGUGUAAAUAAUUGUAGUCCUGUUGUUGAAAAUGACGAUGUUGUGUUUUGUUGCAAAUUUAAGAGAAUGUAUAUGAAAUUUCACAAUGUAAUAGAUUUCAAUAGUUUGCAACUGGAAUUGAAUCUGUUGUUUAUCGGC